AUACUCCGCCCACACAAACACAACAGCACCGCUCCCCCGUCCGCAUCUCUCCCUUCCGCCUCCACCGAUCCAGAUCCCACGCACCGCAACGAUGAGGCCGUCGGCGCUGAGAUCCGCGGCGCAGCUCCUCCGCCGCCGCAGCUACUCCUCCGCGUCGGGCCAGCCGGAGCGGAAGGUGGCCAUCCUCGGCGCGGCCGGCGGGAUCGGGCAGCCGCUGGCGCUCCUCAUGAAGCUGAACCCGCUCGUCUCCUCCCUCUCCCUCUACGACAUCGCCGCCACCCCCGGCGUCGCCGCCGACGUCUCCCACAUCAACUCCCCGGCCCUGGUGAAGGGCUUCAUGGGCGACGAUCAGCUCGCGGAGGCGUUGGAGGGGGCCGACCUGGUCAUCAUCCCCGCCGGUGUUCCGAGGAAGCCCGGCAUGACCAGGGACGAUCUCUUCAAUAUCAACGCCGGCAUCGUUAAGAACCUCUGCACCGCCAUCGCCAAGUACUGCCCCAACGCUCUUAUCAACAUGAUCAGCAACCCUGUGAACUCAACUGUUCCAAUUGCUGCUGAAGUUUUCAAGAAGGCUGGAACCUAUGAUGAGAAGAAAUUGUUUGGUGUGACCACUCUUGAUGUUGUUCGUGCCAGGACUUUCUAUGCUGGGAAGGCUAAUGUACCUGUUACUGGUGUGAACGUCCCUGUUGUUGGUGGUCAUGCUGGUAUCACCAUUCUGCCACUGUUCUCGCAGGCAACUCCUUCAACUAAUGCAUUGUCUAGUGAAGACAUCAAGGCUCUCACCAAGAGGACACAGGAGGGUGGGACAGAAGUUGUUGAGGCAAAGGCUGGAAAGGGAUCUGCAACCUUGUCCAUGGCGUAUGCUGGCGCAGUUUUUGGUGAUGCAUGCUUGAAGGGUCUGAACGGAGUUCCUGACAUUGUUGAAUGCUCCUACGUGCAAUCAACUAUCACAGAACUGCCAUUCUUUGCCUCCAAGGUGAGGCUCGGGAAGAAUGGAGUCGAGGAAGUGCUUGGUUUGGGUGAGCUGUCGGCCUUUGAGAAGGAAGGUUUGGAAAGUCUCAAGGGUGAGCUCAAGUCUUCAAUUGACAAGGGCAUCGCGUUUGCAAAUGCGAGUUAAUUAAUUUUGCAGAUUAUAGCAAUCCGGGUCUAGUUGAGGGGUCUGUUUUUGUUCAGUGCUUUUUCUGCUCAUCACGUGGGCAUGGAUGAUUUGAGCUUCACAAUAAAAAUCCGGCGGCGUAAUGCCACAGAACAUUACUUGUACAAGAGGGAACUAGUUCGUGUCAAGUUUUCAACUGGUACAUUAAACGAACAAUUGCUGAUGCACUUUGUGAACCGUCCUUUGGUGUUGAAUCCAUUGUCUUCAAGUUAA